GUCAGCUUACCCUUAUAUUUCGUGACCUUUUCGGGCUAGUUUUGAAAACUCAUCCUCCUCUCAACCCGCCUCGCAUGUGGCAUUUUCUUAGCACUCUGAUACCCACGCCCAGAAUGGCUAUUGCAAAGCAAAACAAGGCUCCGAGUGACCUGCAUUCUGAUACCUCGCCCAAGUGGAUGUCGAACGAAGAUAUCCUCCGACCUGAUCGCUUUGACCCCGACCCCGAACUUGCAACCACGGCCUACAAGGCUCUCGAUCUCGCCAUCAGCAACAGCAACCACAAAAGCGCGUCCAAAGGCCACAAGGAGCUGCACGACAACAUGGAUUUCAACAUGGAUCUCGAUGACUCCGAUCAACAAGAUGGAGGCGUUUCUCUCGUCUCUGGGCCCAGUUCCUCAGCCACGUCCUCCCAGAGCAGCGCAACUGGUCUCGGCAUCCACACCCAUUUCUCACCCUCUUCACCCUCCUCCCAACCCAGUGCAAGAUGGCUUGGCCUCGCCAGCAACACUAAGCUCCGGUCAUCCCCUUCCCCUAAGUCCUACGCAAAAGGUCUUGCCGGCAACAUUGAUCUCUCGCCCUCCCCGACCCCGUUGAUCAACAAACCAGGUCUUCCCCUCACCAUCAACACCGAUCUCCCGUCUCCGAAAAGCGAGCAGUCUACCCCCAACACCUAUAUUCGAUCCCCGCUCACGACGAUUCAUGAAGAGCACGACACUAAUGCUGAUGUGAAGAUGGAUUUAUCCUUCGUCGACGACGAGGAGAUGCCUGAUCUUGAAGACUCAAGCACCAACCUCGACCUCCCGUCCUCGCUCCCUGGAUCGUGGCCGGAUUUCUCAAAGACUUUCCAAACCAAGUACGGUCCCUCCUCGCCUUCACCUCUCAAGAAGGAAAUCGAAGACGCGCCACCACUUCCACCUCGCCAUUUCGGCCUUCCUGAGUCGAAGAAAUCGAGGUUAUGCAACGAGAUCGACACCGUCUCUUCUGAUGAUGAACUCCCGAUCUCGAUCAAGAAUGAGGAUGGUGAUGGUGAUGAGAAGAAGGUGGGUUGGGGCGAUGUGAGAAUUGAGUGGGAUAUGAGCCUCUGGCCUCCCGAGAAUGUGUAUGAGAGAGAAUUCUGUGAGAGAGUUUGCGAGGAAGUUGCAGUUGCGAAUGGAUUCCAGAAGGUUGUCAUAAAAUCCCUAGUUCGAACCUACACCACAACACGCACCUUCUCCACUACUCGCCGAGUCUUCUUCGAGCCCCACCUAAUUGCUACUUUCUCCUCCUACCCCUCUUCCCACCACGCCUCCUUUAAAUCCACCAUCUCCUACAAGCCUCAAAAGGUCUGGUCCCUCCGCUCCCAGGAACUCACCAAACAACGAGAAAAAAAGGAAGAGGUAGUGCGAAAGACGGCAGAUGUGCACAUCGGACCAGAUUUCUCAUGGGAGAAAGUCAAUGGGGAGGGAGUGGGUGUGGGAGAGAUGAUUGGCAAGUGGGAGAGCUGGGGCUUAUGGCGAGGGCGUGGGAAGGAGGUUGUUGAGUGGUGGGGGGAUUGGGAGACGGAGCGGGGCUGA